AUGGCACCUAGACUCCCUCCUCCCCCGCAGCCUAACGAACCUGAUGCGUCCAACAACGCUAGGUUGUUGGAGACGGUGAUAGACCGCUUACAGCAACAAAACACGACCCUCAUGGAGCAAAACGCCACUCUGAUGCAGCAAAACCAAGCUGCUAUGCAGAGCUUGGAGGCCUCUCGUGCAAAUUCUGAGACCAUGCAGAGGCAGUUGAUGGAGAUACUUGCAGCAACUAGAGAUGAAGCAGAUCAAUGGUUAAGGGAUAUAGAGAAAAUUUUCAAUGCCAAGAGAUGCCCAGAUGAGAAUAGAUUAGCGUACGCGGAAUAUCUGUUGACGGGAGAAGCAUGUCAUUGGUGGACGAGCGCGAAAGCCAUUCUCGCAGACGCACAACAGCUGGUCACUUGGGAGGUGUUUAGGGCUAAGUUUUAUGAAGAAUACUUUCCGGACAUCGUUCAGUUUGCGAAGGAGGUGGAAUUUCUACAACUAGUUCAAGGGGGUAUGUCUGUUUCCGAAUACACCAAUAAGUUCAAGCACCUCGUCAGAUUCAAUACCAUGGCCACGAGUGAAGUGUGGCAGUGUAGAAAGUUUGAAAACGGAUUGCGGAGCGACUUGAAAGUAUUGAUAUCCAGUUUGUGUAUCCGAACGUUCCCUACUAUGGUUGAGAGAGCCAAGGUCUUGGAGAGGAACAUGGCAGAAGCGGAACGUCAGAAGAGGUCACAACAAGUGAGUAGAGGACCAAUCGUGUCCAGGGGAGGAGCGGUACAGAGGAGACCUCCUUACGCUCGUCCAAAUCAGUCUUCUCAGACGAGCGGGUCUCAAGCAGUAGUUCCUGUCGGACAGUCUGGGCAGGGAGGUGUCGUUUGUUUCCGGUGUGGAGGGCCACAUUAUAGGUCUUCAUGCCCUCAGUUGGUGGGAGUCAAGCACUGUAAUAGUUGUGGGAGAAACGGACACUCGGAUCAUGAGUGCAAUAUGAGUGGGCGUGCGGUGAUGAGGCCACCCAAUGCUGGAAGGAAUCAGGCGAGAGGAGGACGAGCCCAAGCAAGUGGGCGAGUAUAUGCUAUAACGAGCGCGGAGGCAGCGAGCUCAGAAGAAGAAGUACUUUCAGUAACGCUCGGUCAGCUAAAAGAAGAUAUUAUGGAGGGCGCGUCUUGCUUCUUGAUCAUGACGCAUGAAGACCGAGAGAGUGCGGAUGAGAAUUUUGAGCGUUCGUCCAAUAAGUGCACUGAAGGACGAACGGUUGUGGACGAAUUCCAGGAUGUCUUUCCAGAAGAGAUCCCUGGACUACCUCCUAUGCGUGAGGUUGAAUUCACCAUUGAUCUGGUGACCACAGCAGCCCCUAUAUCUGUUCAACCGUACCGUAUGGCGCCUGCAGAGUUGGUCGAACUCAAAAAGCAGAUUGAGGAACUAAUGGAGAAGCAAUUCAUAAGACCAAGCGUGUCACCAUGGGGAGCGCCUGUGCUCUUAGUAAAGAAGAAGGAUGGCAGCUCUCGGUUAUGCAUAGACUACAGGCAAUUGAACAAGCUAACCAUCAAGAACAAAUACCCGUUGCCAAGGAUUGACGACUUGUUGGAUCAACUGCAUGGGGCAACGGUGUUCUCUAAGAUUGAUUUGCGCUCGGGAUAUCACCAAAUCAGGGUGAAGGAGGACGACAUCCAAAAGACCGCAUUCAGGUCGCGUUAUGGACACUACGAGUAUGUAGUGAUGCCAUUUGGAGUAACGAACGCUCCUGCAGUAUUCAUGGAUUAUAUGAAUCGCAUCUUCCGGCCAUACCUGGACAAAUUUGUGGUCGUUUUUAUAGAUGAUAUUCUCAUCUACUCUAAGACGCAAGCUGAACAUGAAGAACACUUGAGGGCAGUGCUGAGCGUGUUGAGGGAAAAGGAAUUGUAUGCCAAACUGUCCAAGUGUUAA